AAGGUCGUGUGUUUAUACUUCCGUUACAUUGUAGUCACUUUAUUGGCUUUAUAAGUGCUUACAUUCGCUGGAUUUGUAUUUGUAUAUGAUUUGUAUUUGUUAAUUUUGGUUAUUCUAUAUAAACCACACAGCUAUCUGUACACAGUUACGGUUUUAGUAAAUAUGAGGCCUAAUAAGGCAUAAUGUGAUGUAGUCUGUUCCAGGGUUAAACUGUCCCCAUGAUAAAUGCAUUCAUGGCGCUACAGUUUUUGCAACGCUGAUAGCAGGUCAGUUAUAGACUACUACAUAUAUGAAAAAAACGUAUUUCUCUUUGUACUCCUCGUUAGUAUAGUGGACAGUAUCUCCGCCUGUCACGCGGAAGACCGGGGUUCGAUUCCCCGACGGGGAGAAUCUUUUUUCCCCCCCCGCAUUUUGCAUUGUACAAUGAAUAACUUUAAUACGAGCUAAUCCGGGCUAGUCGUUCCCUGUAAAAGGGUUUCCCGUUUGUGGCUGUAGAAUUUGAUUUCUGUUUUUUUGCAGAUGACGUUGACGUUGGAGCAGCUGCUUUGUGUGCUUCUGAUUGGCUGCUGCCAAACUGGCCAUGCAGGACCUCAACGCUCAUGGAGUUGGACUAGCAUUGUUCCUCCAACAGCAGAUGUUUAGGUCGGAAGCAUAGAAUGCGGAGUAUGCAAGCAUUGGUGGUUCAGUGGUAGAAUUCUCGCCUGCCACGCGGGAGGCCCGGGUUCGAUUCCCGGCCAAUGCAACAUCCUUUUUCCACUUGAGCACUUGGACAUACUCGAAAUGUAUGAUGCCACAUGGAUAUUGUGUAGAUAAACUCUAGAAAAUGUAAAUGUUCUUUAUUUUUCCUGCAUGUUGACACUCAUAGAUGUUUUUAAUAGUAAAUGUGUUUGCAAACACAGAGCCGAGCCCAGUGACUGACUGGUGGCUAGUCCAGGAAGUAGUCCACCUUUCACCCAGCAUCUCCAUGAAAAGGCUGCAGGAUAAACGGUAGGACAUCUUUGGCUUGAUGUUGCACCUGAUUUUGUUAAAUCCUCUUAUUAUUGUGCUGUGAGUCAGCCAUGAUUCACACAGACUAGUUUGCAGAUGUCAAGGUUUGGCUGCGGGAACCACCAUCACUUCUCAAUGGCAAGUGGUGACCCAUGUCGUUCUCACAUGUACUGUAUUUUAAAGGGUAUUCUUUACGGUGCGUUCUUUUCCAGCAGAUAUCUGCAGCUGUGUGUCGGAUGGACACACUUCAUAGUUGUGGCCCCCUUACUCCGACGCAGCAAGCAAAUAGCGCAUACAAGAAUAUAAGGUGAAGUCACAGACAUUGGGUCAUUACAUGCGACCCACUUUUGGGUCUCGACCCACCAGUUGUGAGCCACUUUAAAUUGAAUUAUUGCGAACCAAGCAUUGCUAUGUAUUUGUUAGUCCACUUCCAAUGACAAUAUAGCAUUCUUGAGCCAUAAUGUGUGGGAGGAUUCAUCCUACUUGUCUUCCAGAGAACGAGACCCGUGUUCCUGUGUCCUUGACAACCACACGUCCACGAAGAAAAUGAUCUGAUCUGCAUAAUGAAAAUGAAAAUGUCCACUUCAAAUACGCUUCACAGAUUGAAUGAAAACAUCUUUAAUCAGAUUACAAAAACAAACACAUGACAGUAAUGUUACAAAACACUUUCUAACAAAAUAAUAAAUAUAUUCUAUAAAUACAUCCAAUAGGGACACACUGUACAGAUAACAAGAGCUUUCAACAAGUGCUGGACAUUUGUAUUUACAGGAUCUAAGGAAUAACUAACACUACAUAUCCUUGUAGACAAACACAAUAGUAUAUGCCACCUGGACAGCAGAAUUUUCACUUGUAUUGUAAUACUCCAAAUGGAUGAAAGAACAAUAUAACAGUAGCUACAGUGGUAUGAAAAAGUAUCUGAACCUUUUGGAAUUUCUCACAUUUCUGCAUAAAAUCACCAUCAAAUUUGAUCUGAUCUUUGUCAAAAUCACAUAGAUGAAAAAAACUGUCUGCUUUAACUAAAACCGCCCAAACAUUUAUAGGUUUUCAUAUUUUAAUGAGUAUAGCAUGCAAACAAUGACAGAAGGAGGAAUGAAAAACUGAACCCUCUGCCUAAGGAGAUUUAACCCUUAGAUGCACGAGUGACUGGACCCUACACUCUUCCAUAAGUGGGUCAAAAAUGACCCAUACUAGAAUCAAUGCGUUUUUGUGCCAGUUUUGCCAUUUUGGUUAGGAAUAAUCACUUUAGUGAUAUUUAGUAUUAUACUUAGGACCACACAAGAAUGAUUUCAUGUUAGAAACAUCUUAAUUUUUCACUUUUUUACAUCUUUGAAAAAGAAAAUGACCCCAUACAACAAUAGAAAAUGUGAGGAUCCAACCCCGUCCAACUCCGUUACUGCCUCAUCAUCCAGCAUCUGUAGGACCAUUUCAGCUGUGUAUCUAACAGUCAAGGCAUGGAUGAGAAAACAAAAGAGUAAUGCCCAACAAUACAUAUAGUAAUGUUAGCCAGCUAGUGUCAACUAGUUAUAAAGUAGGCUAAUUUGUUGAUAAUACUAACAGUCAUGAAAGACACAUACACAAUAUUAUAUGAAGAUAAUACUUAUGUGUACUGAUAUACUUUAUGUGUAAAAUAAUCUUCCUGAGGGGGUGACACUUCUGAUAUAGUCUGUGUGGCCUACAGUUAAUUUAUUCCUGACAGCCAAAGUUGAUAAGAAUCAAAGGUUCCGAUUGGAUUCCAUAGAAAAUGCAUGCGGGUCAUUUUUGACCCACUUAUGGAAGGUUGGGGUAGUAACACAAAAACAAAAAAUUCUUAAAAGGUAAGUUAAAAAUGUGAACGGCAUGAUAUCAAAAACGUGUUUUUUGAGGAAUACCUGGAAUAUGAAAUGAUAAAAAAAUUUCAUUACGAAGAAAACAUGCUAGGUUAAUUGGCGACUCCAAAUUGUCCAUAGGUAUGAAUGUGAGUGUGAAUGGUUGUUUGUCUAUAUGUGCCCUGUGAUUGGCUGGCCACCAGUCCAGGGUGUACCCCGCCUCUCGCUAAAUUGCUUGACAGCUGGGAUAGGCUCCAGCACCCCCCGCAACCCUCGUGAGGAUAAGCGGUAGAAAAUGAAUGAAUGAAUGAGUUCUCCUCCUAUUUUGUGUGGAAGUGGUAACUUUUUGUCUUCUUAUUUUGUCUUUGACCACCCUCGUGAGGAUAAGCAGUAGAAAAUGAAUGAAUGAAUGAACACAGUGUUAGCUUAUGUUUGUGACAAGCAAUGGCUGACUAGUCAUUGAGUCUUGUUGCCUGCUUUUGUUUCCUGUGAGGCUGGAAGAUCUUACUGAUGCUGUUGAGACCUUUAACCUCCUCUUUGUAAUCCUCAUCAUCCGUCUUCUCCCAAUAUUUUGAUAGCUGCACGCCUCCCACGAGGGCCCUGACCUUCUCCGAAACAGCUCUCCCCAAGUAGUGGUGGGCCUUCUUGCCGCUAUUGUCUCUCUCGUGAACGCUGGCCCCGUAACGCCGCACCAGAAGAAGCAUGACCUCCGUGCGGCCGUGUAUGGCGGCGAUGUGCAACGGCGUGUAGCCCCCGUGGGCUUUCCCGUUGACGUUAACGUGCACGCCUCUCCUCCUGGAUACGUCCACCAGCUUGCGGAUCACAUCGGCGUUCCCGUCCUUGGCGGCCCAGUGCAACGCCGUGAAACCCGACAUGAAGUCCUUCUUCUGAGCGAGGCGGCCAUCCUGGAGGAGCAUGGCGUGGACGUGACCCCACAGCCCGGCAGCACACUUCACCAACCACUCAUGGGCCAGGGGAUCCAGAGGCACUGACCCACAGCACUCGGCUUCUUCCACCGGGUUCAGACUCUUGUUUUGGCUGCCUCGGAGAACACUUGGGGUCUGCACAUCAUCUGACUCCAUGUUUGAGCACCUUUGUGGAGCUUCAUUUUUAUUGCACACGGGGCGGACAAGAUCCAGACAAGAUCUUGAGGUGACUUUCUCUGGAGGUGUGGACCCUUUCGGUGGAGACGCGACCGCAAUGACAGCAAACACGGCUCCUGAUGCUUGAUCUCCACAAAUGUUCAACACCUGAACAGUCGUGCUGGAGGUACUUCUUUGCAAAGUCCCGUGAAGCUUCAUGCGUGAGGGGUAGCACACGUUGUUGUUAUUGUUCUCCAAGUCCGAAUAAAGCACUUGAGCAGCAUCAAGUCUUGUACAAGUGCUCUCAUCUUGCACCACAAAGUCCUGGUACCGUUUCUUCACCGCCACGAACUUGACUCCGUCGAUGUGUCGCACCACCGCCACGCUGUUGACCAACUUCUUGAAAAGCUCCCUAUUGUGUUGCUUCGCUGCGGGAGCGCCGCCGUGGAUGAGGCCGCCGAAGUGGUUGAGAAGCUCGGCGUUCUUCACUUUACCUCCCCGCUCCAGUAGAAAAGAGAGUACGGACUCUUGGGUCAAAAAAGCCAUCGCGUUGGAGCCCAAAUGGACGCCGGGAGAAAUAAAAGCCUGAAAUACCGAAGGAUUAUCUCCUCCCAGUUCGUCCUCCUCCAACCUGCCGCUUCCAGUGCCUGGAUAAUAGAGAAUGAAGACAAACGCACCCUGGAGCUGGGGGGCCACGUGGGCUUUGACAGUCUCCCAGAUCAGUUGGUCAGCAAAUCAGUGGCGCAGGGCUUCAGCUUCAACAUCCUCUGCGUAGGGGAGACAGGGAUUGGCAAAUCCACUCUAAUGAACACGCUUUUCAAUACACGCUUUGAAAAUGAAGAAGCCAGCCACUACGAGAAAGAAGUGCUUCUCCGACCACAAACAUAUGACCUGCAGGAGAGCAACGUCAAUCUCAAGCUGACCAUCGUGCACACUGUCGGCUUCGGCGACCAGAUCAACAAAGAAGAAAGCUAUAAACCCAUACUGGAGUACAUCGAUGCUCAGUUCGAAACAUACCUGGAAGAGGAACUUAAAAUCAAACGUUCCCUGUGCAAUUUCCAUGACACGAGAAUCCACAUCUGUCUAUAUUUCAUCGCUCCCAAUGGCCACUCCCUCAAGUCCCUGGAUCUCGUCACCAUGAAAAAGCUGGACAGCAAGGUGAACGUCAUCCCUGUCAUUGCAAAAGCGGACACCGUAUCCAGGAGCGAACUGGACAAGUUCAAGAUCAAGAUUAUGAGCGAGCUGGUCAGCAACGGGGUGCAGAUAUACCAAUUUCCAACCGAAGAUGAGGCUGUGGCCGAGAUCAACUCCUCCAUGAACACGCACCUCCCCUUUGCUGUGGUUGGCAGUGUUGAAGAUGUCAAAGUAGGCAAUAAGACGGUCAAAGCACGACUCUACCCUUGGGGAUCAGUACAAGUGGAGAAUGAGAACCACUGUGAUUUUGUGAAGCUGAGGGAGAUGCUGCUGCGCGUGAACAUGGAAGAUCUCCGCGAGCAAACGCACACACGCCACUAUGAGCUCUACCGCCGCUGCAAGCUGGAGGAGAUGGGCUUCAAGGAUGCAGACCCUAACAGCCAGUCCUUCAGCCUACAGGAAACAUAUGAAACCAAACGGAAGGAGUUCCUUAGAGAUCUACAACACAAGGAGGAAGAAAUGAGGCAGAUGUUUGUCAACAAAGUAAAGGAGACCGAAGCAGAGCUGAAAGAAAAGGAAAAAGAGCUCCACGAGAGGUUUGAGCAGCUCAAACGGCUGCACCAGGAAGAAAAGAAGAACCUGGAAGAGAAAAGACGGGAACUGGAGGAAGAAAUGAAUGCCUUUAACAGGAGGAGGGUUGCUGCCGAGACACUGAUGGGCCAGGCUCUCCAAGGCGUCGCGCAGCCUCUCAAGAAGGACAAAGACAAGAAGAACUUCUUUAGUCUUCCCUCUGCGUGCUCCUUAACCUCAUCAAGGAAUUUGAAUUAGAGGACUUUCUACUAACUACACGGGGAAAAAAAAGGUUCACGGACUAACAUGCAAGUGUAUUGUUUUUGCCACUGGAAAUUAGCACUUUUAAGGAAAUGCACUUAAGUCCCCGGGAAUGCAUCGCCAAGAGUCUUCCUCGUGUGUCCGUACUCCGUGAGCGCUUUUCAGCAGUGCUUUGCAGCAUGGAAUGUGCAUGUGAGACACAGUAUAACCAUCUAGAAGCAUCAAGAAGAAACAGAAGUCCCAUUUUUGUGCCCAUAUUUCAUCUCCCGUGUCCUUUUGACUGAAUACACUGUGAAAUAAUGCAUAAUAUAUAUUAUAAAGUCGCUCUGAAUUGUUAAGGUUAUGCAGUACUAACAUUAUUAUUUUUGAAUCAUUCUAAUUCUAUAUACAGAUGCUAUAAGAGUCUUUAUUUGUACUUUGUCAUACUAACCAUUAUACAUUUUUAUCAUUUAAAUCACUUGUAAGAUCUAACGUGAUUCAAUAAAACAGCUCGGUCACUUAUUGCCCAUUUACAUACAUAAGAAGAUUUACAUAUUAGAAAUACUUUUUAACCCAAACAAACACCUUUUAUCAUUAGCAAAGUAUACAUUCAUCCCCAUAAAAACUGAAACAUCAUAACUAGGCUGAAUUUAUGGUGCUGUUUUAUAGAAUUACGUUAAAUGAAGUGGCCAAGGAAUGUACAUUUCAAUGUGCCCUUGUAAACAGAGCGUGUACAGUCAAAGAUUGGUAUUGUCAGUUAUUUGACACACAUGCUGUUUAUUAAAUGUCAAGUUAAUUAUUUGUUCUGUGUUUAAUGUAAUAAAGACUAACAUAUCAUGUGUAGUCCAUCAUUUCUACACCGAAAGAACAUUCCAAACAGGUUAAACUUCCUUCCAGAGUGUUCUAGAAGGUUCCAUAGGUGUCCAUGU